AUGAAGGUUGCGAUCUUCGGCAUCACCGUCUCCCUGAUCUGCACCGUCAUGAUCUCCGUCAUGAUCGCAGGGGAAGGAGGCGACUACGACUAUGACGCUAUUCAGGGCUACCGCAACGAGCUCGUAGAGUUUUCCGGAGAGUCUAUGCUCAAUCAGACUCCCUGGGUGCUCCAGCAUGUGUACACCCCUUGGAACGAGUCCGUAGAUCCUGCAACCCAUACCACUGAUGGAUGGUUGUGGGGGGAGGAAAUCGAAGACUAUCCCGGACUCGGCUCUUCGGCUCAGAUCCGUCUCGACCCUACUCAGAAAUCGACCGUAUUGCUCGGCUACACCGAGGACAGAAUCCAGUACACCCAGGUUGACGGCUAUCAGUUUUGGAGCUCCAAGAACGGCGGAGUAUGGCAAUAUGUCAACUACGUCGUCCCCAUCGAG